AUUUGCUGUCACCCGUUACCGCAGAGGAUGAUGAAGAUGACCACAUAGCUAAAUGACCAAAGUUACCGUCCAAGUGCAAUGUUGCACGUUUGUCCACGUUACUGAUUUACGGCAAAGCAUUUGUAAGUCGUUCGCGUCAUAGUCAACAAAGAUGACUUACCGUGUUUUGAAUUUACGCACGAUGCGCACCUAGACGUUUUCAGGCUAUAGUUAGCUCGCUUCCAGAGCCCCAAGCAGAAGCAGCAGCAGUAGCAGCAGAGGAACAAUGUGCGUCAGUUAAAGCCUUCCUCCCUCUCCUUUAGGCCAUGUGAGAUUGGGUCUGCCCUGGCUGUGAGGAAUGUGUUGUUUUUUUCUUUCUGGGAGGGGGUGAGCGAGGCAGCGGUGCAAGCCCCAGAAUGAGUGCAGGAGGCUGGACCAGAGCUCAGAGAUUAGCUGGGCCCCAUGACCAGGACCUCAGUCCUCUUAGCCCCACGGCCAACAUGGACGACUUCAGCAGCCGCACCUAUGGCACGGGCACGCUCGACAACCGGCCGCUCUUCGGGGAGAACUCUGCCCGGGAUCGGAUCUUCAACCUUGCCGUGGGUGGAUUCACAUCGCUGGUUGUCAUCGUCACCAUCAUCAGUUCCUUUGUCUUCCCGGCUCCACCCCCUAAAGGCAUCAACAUCUUCUUCGGUCUCUGCAUUGUGAUGAUAAGCUCCUCCGUGCUGGUCUUGAUAUUCUGGUACCGACAAGGCGACCUGGAGCCCAAGUUCCGGAACCUCAUCUACUACAUCAUCUGUUCCAUCCUGCUGCUGUGCCUCUGUGCCAACCUCUACUUCCACGAUGUUGGCAGAUGAACAACACCCAUGGUGCCUUAAGCCAAAAACCAAAAUCGAGAUAAGAUGGUGGCCCCUGCAAAAUGUUUUUUUGUUUGUUUGCUUUGUUUUUAUAUCCACACAGGCUUGGUCAAAUGAUCAAGCUAUAGACAAAGCACUGGUGUGCCGUGGUGGCCGGAUGUCUUGAUAUAAGUAAUUCAGAGCAAGGAGAAUGUAUCAUGGUUAACAUUUAGUUUGAAAACCUUAAGAAUAGUAAUGUGUACGUAGACCUGAAAUGUGUAGACAGAAAUAGUAAAACAUUGCCAUAUGGGAUCUAGGUUUGCCUAUUUAGGAAGGUGUUCCUUGUGUUUCAGGACAUGUUGUGGCCACUCAUAAGCUGUAUCAGGUAACUUAAUGGGACAAUCGAUGAGUGGGACCAAUGCUGCUACAUGCGGGAGGUAAACGGGACACCCGUUACGGUUAAUGAAAUGUGUAUAUGUGUAAUUUAUAAUUUUAUUAGGAAUAAAAGUUGUUAUAAGA